UGGGCUUAUUUACAGAUAGAGGAACUGGAGACUUCUAAGAAAUUCUGGGUGGCUUUGUGGCCAAGCUGAGCCCAUGUUAAGAGAUGCCCUUGUGAAAACAAAUUCAGAAACCACAGAAGCUGCGACAGGAGGGCGUCUGGAAUGAUCUCAUUCUUCUUAUAUACAUGAGCCCAAAGCCCCAUGCACUGUCAUCAGCAAGGACUGGGUGGGAGGGGGCUUGGUCAGGACGGGCCCCCCAAGACCUGCAUGCUCUCCCCAUCCACCGUGAAUCAGCGCCCUUCCGGCAGGGCCCUCACUCCUGACAGGUUCCUGGGACCAUUAGUCAGCCGCCCAGGGUGGCCUGCACUCAUGUUCUCCCCAGAGGGGCACCCAACCCAAACAGGAACCUCUGCUGGGCCUGCCCUGUCCUGUCCUUCCCCGGGAAGCUGAGCUUGCCGCAUGCCCCCGGAAGCCAGAGAGUGUGUGUGUGUGUGUGUGUGUGUGUGUGUGUGUUGGGGAAGGGGGAUGUAAGUGGGGGUGUCAGGCUGAGUCACAGGUGCACAGGUUCAAACCACACCCACCCCCCCAACCAUACCCGCUGUGAGUGAUCCUGGGAGAGCUGUCUUGCCCUAAGCCUCCCUUUUCCUCAUCUGUGAAAUGGGGUCAUGGUGGGGCUGCAGGAAGGGUUAGCGCAGUGCCUGGCUGUGUGUGACUGAUGGCCUGGCAGGAUGGGUUAGUCAGGGGUGGAGCUCAGCCUGGACAGUGGGUGUAUUCAUUUCCUGGGGCCGCUGAAACAAAUGACCACAAACCAGGUGCCUUAAAACAACAGAAAUGUAUCCUCUCGCUGUUCUUGAGCCAGAAGUUCAAGAUUAAGAUGUGGGCAGGGCUGUGCUCUCUCCACAGGCUCUAGGGAAGCUCCUCCCUGCCUCUUUUAGCUUCUGGUGGUUCCAGAGGGUUCUUAGCUGUGGCCACAUGACUCCCAUCUCUGCCUCCAGCCUCAGCUGGCCUUUCCCCUCUUCUGUCACAUGGACACCUGUCACUGGAUCUGUCACCCGAAUCCAGGAUGACCUCAUCUCAGGAUCCUUAAUGGCACCUGAAAACACUUUUUUUCAAAUAAGGUCAUAUUUGAAGAUUCAAAGCCCCUAACCUGGGGGUUAGUAUGCAGACACAUCUUGGGAGGGAGGGUCACACUGAGCUCACCACAGUGGGUAAGGGCAUAUUUUCAGCAUAAUCUGCCUUUUCUCUUCCUCCUGCUUGCCCCACUCUCCUUUUUUAUCUGUUUCCUUUUUUAGAGACAGCUAAAGCUUUGCUUACUCCUCUCAUAUCCCUUGCGCCUCUUAUUUUUCAUAUCUGGGCUUUUUCUUCACCUGCCUGGGCAUCCGUGACUUGCUUCUACAGCCUGAGUUAUAGCAGCAGGACAGGGGCUGGGAGAGCUCCACCCUGUCACCCUCGCCCAUCGCUGAACACGCAGGACAGACAGCGGAGGAACAUUCUCAGGUCUGUGACGCCCAGGUGGCUGAGCCUGGCAGAAGAAGGCCUUUGUGUGAGGCUGCAGGCUCCCUGGGGGUCUGGAGGAUGCAGGGUCACCUGGUGACCACAGAGGCCAGCUCUCCCGGCCAGCUGGCUCCAGCCACCUUCCUAACACCACCCUCCUUGCUCUCUGUCCAUUGGCCUGAGGCUGUCUUCCUCAGUUUUGGGGGUACUUCCUGGCCAUGCCAUCUAUCAUCAUUUCCCUAAGUGUGGAGCUACCUCCUGACAUACCUGGCAGGGCAGGAGGUAUCCAAAUCCUGGCCACUGUAGUGGGUGCUCAGAACUGUCAGUCACAAGCUGGCCCUAAAAUUCAUGGGGACCCCAAAUAACCAAAACAAUCUUAAAAAAAAAAAGAACAACCAGGAUGGAAGGCUCAUUUCCUGAUUUUAAAACACAUCACAAAGCUACAAUAACCAAAACAGUGUGGUUCUAGCCUCAGGACAGACAUGGAGAUCAAUGGAACAGAAUAGAGAGGCCAGAAAUAAGCCAGUGGAUUUUUUUUUUUUUUUUUUUGGGCACAUGGGCUUAGUUGCUCCGCGGCAUGUGGGAUCUUCCUGGAGCUGGGAUCGAACCCGUGACCUCUGCAUUGGCAGGCAGAUUCUUAACCACUGCGCCACCUAGGAAGCCCGCCAGUGGAUUUUUGACAGGAGGCCACUUCCAUUCAAUGAGACAGGAUGGUCUCUUUCAACAAAUUGUGUUGGGACAACGGAUUGUGCUUUCAACACAGGAAUGGAGUUGGACCCCACCUCACAAAAUUAACACAAACAGUAACUGGAAACGGAUCAAAGACCUAAAUGCAAGCGCUAAAGCCAUAUAAUUCCUAAAAGAAAACCCAUAAGGGUAAAUCUUUAUGACCUUGGAUUGGCAGUGGAUCUUGGGUGCGACACCAAAAGCAUGAGCAGCACGAGGAAAAGUAGAUGCCCUGGACUUUAUCAGAACAGCGGUCAGGGUCCUGACCUUUGGUCCCUAAUUGUGUGAUCCUGGGCUGAUGGCCUCAAGCUCUGAGCACCCGUCUAUACAGAAGGGAUGGUGGUCAUGGUUUUUGGGGUUUGGGAGAGUCCGUCAUGGGGAGGACUCAGCUCUCUGCCUGGCAUGUGACAUAGUGGCGCUUAUGCCAGUGUCAGUGGUGAUGGUGAUGGUCGUGGUGAUGCUGAUGGCGGUGAUGGUGUUUAUGAUGAUGAUGGUGGUGGUGAUGCUGAUGGUGAUGCUAUGAAGAAGAAUUUCUGCUGAGGGCGAUUGUCUUCAUAACACACACAAACUGGUCACAGGGACUGUCCUCCUUUUCCUCUACGGAUUCUCGCUUCCAGCAGCCCGCAGACUAGCUUAGCGGUGCUCCAGCCUCUGAAGUGUGAGUGUGAGAAAGUGUGUGAGUGCAUGUGUGAGUGAGGGUGAGAAUGUGUGUCUGAGUUUAUGAGUGUGUGUGAGUGUGUGUUGUGAGUGAGAAUGUAAGUGUGUGUGUUUGUCCAUGUGAGUAUGUGUAUGUGCAAGGGAGUUUGUGUGUGAGUGGGUGCAUGUCUGAUGUGUGAGGAUAUGUAUGUGUGUGUAUGCGUCAGUGUGUGUAUAUGUGCAAGUGUGUGUGUGUGUGUGUGUGUGUGUGUAUGUGAGUGUGUGACCUGCUUCUUCCCCUGGCCAGCUGGGCCAGCCGUGUGGAAACCCCCUGGCUGGGUCACUGCUGUCCUGGGAAAGGCCACAGCCACUGCCAUGCGCCGUCCGCAGGUGCCUGGUGCCCUUGGCCCUCAGUGGACGGAAAGCACCUCCAGCACGCAGGCAACAGCAGGUGGCACUGUGGUUAGACGCCGAGGGGGACUUCCUCGUCCUGGACAGUCCUCAGAGCUGUUUGCGCCUCUGCGUGUGGUGCUUGGGGCUGGGCAGUGUGGCUGGAUGUCCCCUUGUGGCAGUUCCUGUCCCUUUGCUCCACGAGGGCCCCAGGCAGGGCUGGGGCAUCUUGUCGGCCGCCCUGCCUACCCCUCCAGUGGGCAGCUGGUUGGUGGCCGUGCGGGUUGCUUGUCUUCACCGGUAACAGCACUCUUUUCCUCUGCUGGCUUUUGGUGAACAUAGUCUCACCUUUUCCCUGUCUGACAUUUUCUCUCGCCCAUCAGACCGAGGCCUCUCUGGCAGGGCUGAGAGGGUGGGGAGGGUCCCCUGCUCUGGUGGUGGGCUGGGCUGGGCGUCCUUCAGGCGGGUUCCCACCCUCAGGGGUGCUGUCCUCAGCACUUUGCCAUGAACAUGUGUGGCUGUUGUCUGCUGCUGCAACUUGACCUCCCAAAGGUUCUUGGGGCAGCCCACCUACAUGUAGGACCCCCAGGCACUGGGGGCCAAGUUCUCCUCUUCAAAGCUGGCCUGACGGCCCCUUGCAGACCAUCAUGCUGCUGGAUUUGUUAAGGACCAAGGUCACAGGCUGCCUUGGUCAGAAGCUGAAAUUCAGGAUAUGGUGGGGUGUCUGGGCACGAGGACCGGAGACGGGUUUUCUGAUUAUGCUGAAGUGUCGGGAAGGCAUUCAGGCGAGACUCCCAGACCAUGCCAUCUGUCCACGGCAGCUGUUAGAGUCCGGGAGAUCGGGUCUCACGGGCGGCCGGAUGCUCCCUGCCUGCUCGAGGUCCAGGUCACCUUGGAGACUCGGAAGCCAGAGCAGCUACACUCCAGGCCGGAUGGCAGCUUGCGUCUUCACACCCAGUCCGUGGGUCUGGGGAGCAUGGCUGGCCUGAGGCUGGGGGCUGAGGAACUAUUCAGAAAGAGAAUGCUUUCCAUGGGGCCACCCCAGGCCUGAUAGACACUCCAGAGCUGCCCCGUCCAACACAACUUACGACGAUGGAAAUGGUCUGUGUGCACUGCCCACUGUGGAUGGAGCAGAAGUUCUGCCAGCGCUAUGAUCAGCUCAUGGAGGCCUGGGAGAAGAAGGUGGAACGCAUCGAGAACAACCCCCGGCGGCGGGCCAAGGAGAGCAAGGUGCGCGAGUACUACGAGAAGCAGUUCCCUGAGAUCCGCAAGCAGCGGGAGCUGCAGGAGCGCAUGCAGAGCAGGGUGGGCCAGCGGGGCAGCGGGCUCUCCAUGUCGGCCGCCCGUAGCGAGCAUGAGGUGUCCGAGAUCAUCGACGGGCUCUCAGAGCAAGAGAACCUGGAGAAGCAGAUGCGCCAGCUGGCCGUGAUCCCGCCAAUGCUGUACGACGCUGACCAGCAGCGCAUCAAGUUCAUCAACAUGAAUGGGCUCAUGGACGACCCCAUGAAGGUGUACAAAGACCGCCAGGUCAUGAACAUGUGGAGCGAGCAGGAGAAGGAGACCUUCCGGGAGAAAUUCAUGCAGCACCCCAAGAACUUCGGCCUGAUCGCAUCGUUCCUGGAGAGGAAGACGGUGGCUGAGUGUGUCCUCUAUUACUACCUGACCAAGAAGAAUGAGAACUACAAGAGCCUGGUGAGGCGGAGCUACCGGCGCCGCGGCAAGGGCCAGCAGCAACAGCAGCAGCAGCAGAUGCCCCGCAGCAACCAGGAGGAGAAAGAUGAGAAGGAGAAGGAGAAGGAGGCCGAGAAGGAGGAGGAGAAGCCGGAUGUGGAGAACGACAAGGAGGAGCUGAUCAAGGAGAAGACGGACGACACCUCUGGGGAAGACAAUGAUGAGAAGGAGGCCGUGGCCUCCAAAGGCCGCAAAACCGCCAACAGCCAAGGGAGACGCAAAGGCCGCAUCACCCGCUCGAUGGCCAACGAGGCCAACAGUGAGGACGCCGUCACCCCGCAGCAGAGCGCCGAGCUGGCUUCCAUGGAGAUGAACGAGAGUUCUCGCUGGACUGAAGAAGAGAUGGAAACAGCCAAGAAAGGUCUCCUGGAACACGGCCGGAACUGGUCGGCCAUCGCCCGGAUGGUGGGCUCCAAGACUGUGUCCCAGUGUAAGAACUUCUACUUCAACUACAAGAAGAGGCAGAACUUGGAUGAGAUCCUGCAGCAGCACAAGCUGAAGAUGGAGAAGGAGAGGAACGCAAGGAGGAAGAAGAAGAAAGCGCCCGCCGCUGCCAGCGAGGAGGCCGCCUUCCCGCCCGUGGUGGAGGAUGAGGAGAUGGAGGCAUCGGGCGUGAGCGGGAAUGAAGAGGAGAUGGCGGAGGAGGCAGAAGCCUUACAUGCCUCUGGGAACGAGGUACCCAGAGGGGAAUGCAGUGGCCCAGCCGCCGUCAACAACAGCUCUGACACCGAGAGCAUCCCGUCGCCCCGCACCGAGGCCGCCAAGGACACGGGGCAGAACGGGCCCAAGCCCCCACCCGCCCCGGGCACCGACGCACCACCUCCCGAGCCACCCACCCCACCGUCUGAGGACGCCCCAGCCCCCACAGAGCCCACGCCCGCCCCCGAAGCCGCCGGCCCGCCCACGCCCCCGCCGGCACCCCCCUCGCCCCCCGCGCCCCCCGCCGUGGUCCCCAAGGAGGAGAAGGAGGACGAGGCCGCAGCCGCCCCCUUAGCCGAGGAGGGGGAGGAGCAGAAGCCCCCCGCGGCCCAAGAGCGGGCAGCUGAUGUGGGCAGGACAGAGGAUCCCGGUGAGGCGCCCCCUGCGGAGCCUGUCAAGAGCGCGUGCAAGGAGGAAGCCAGCGAGGAGGGGCCCGACAAGGUCAAGGCAGGCACGGAGGCCGCAGCCGAGGCCACGCCCGACGGGGCGCUCAAGGUGGAGAAGAAGGAGGGCGGCGGCCCUGGGGGCAAAGGCCCCGCAGCCAAGGGCUCGGGCGCCCCGCAAGACAGCGACUCCAGUGCCACCUGCAGCGCCGACGAGGUGGACGAGCCCGAGGGGGGUGACAAGAACAGGUUGCUGUCGCCGCGGCCCAGCCUCCUCACCCCAACCAGCGACACCAGGACCAACGCCUCGCCCCAGAAGCCACUGGACCUAAAGCAGCUGAAGCAGCGUGCGGCCGCCAUCCCCCCGAUUCAGGUCACCAAAGUCCACGAGCCCCCCCGAGAGGACGCGGCUCCCCCUAAGCCAGCUCCCCCUGCCCCCCCACCACCGCAGCACCUGCAGCCGGAGAGUGACACCCCCCAGCCGCCCAGCAGCAGCCCUCGAGGCAAAAGCAGGAGUCCCGCGCCUCCUGGCGAGAAGGAGGCAGAGAAGCCCGUGUUCUUCCCGGCCUUUGCCGCUGAGGGCCAGAAGCUGCCCACGGAUCCCUCGUGUUGGACGUCAGGCCUGCCCUUCCCCGUGCCCCCUCGCGAGGUGAUCAAGGCCUCUCCGCACGCCCCUGACCCCUUGGCCUUCUCCUACGCCCCGCCUGGUCACCCGCUGCCCCUGGGCCUCCAUGACAGUGCCCGGCCCGUCCUGCCACGCCCACCCACCAUCUCCAACCCGCCGCCCCUCAUCUCCUCCACCAAGCACCCCAGCGUCCUCGAGAGGCAAAUGGGUGCCAUCUCCCAGGGAAUGUCCGUGCAGCUCCACGUCCCAUACUCGGAGCACGCCAAGGCCCCCGUGGGCCCCAUCGCCAUGGGGCUGCCCCUCGCCAUGGACCCCAAGAAGUUGGCACCCUUCAGCGGAGUGAAGCAGGAGCAGCUGUCUCCACGGGGCCAGGCUGGGCCGCCAGAGAGCCUGGGGGUACCCACGGCCCAGGAGACGUCUGUGCUGAGAGGGACGUCUCUGGGCUCAGUUCCGGGAGGAAGCAUCACCAAGGGUAUCCCCAGCACACGGGUGCCCUCUGAGAGCCCCAUCACGUACCGCGGCUCCAUCACCCACGGCACUCCGGCCGACGUCCUGUACAAGGGCACCAUCACCAGGAUCAUCGGCGAGGACAGCCCAAGCCGCCUGGACCGCAGCCGGGAGGACGGGCUGCCCAAGGGCCACGUCAUCUACGAGGGCAAGAAGGGCCACGUGCUGUCCUACGAGGGUGGCAUGUCUGUGUCCCAGUGCUCCAAGGAGGAUGGCAGGAGCAGCUCAGGACCUCCCCACGAGACGGCCGCCCCCAAGCGCACCUACGACAUGAUGGAGGGCCGCGUGAGCAGGGCCAUCUCCUCAGCCAGCAUCGAAGGUCUCAUGGGCCGCGCCAUCCCGCCUGAGAGACACAGCCCUCACCACCUCAAAGAGCAGCACCAUAUCCGAGGCUCCAUCACACAAGGGAUCCCGCGGUCCUACGUGGAGGCCCAGGAGGACUACCAGCGCCGGGAGGCCAAGCUCCUGAAGCGUGAGGGCACACCGCCCCCGCCCCCCCCGCCCCCACGGGACCUGGCUGAGGCCUACAAGGCCCGGCCCUUGGAGGCCCUGGGCCCCCUGAAGCUGAAGCCGGCCCACGAGGGCCUGGUGGCAACGGUGAAGGAGGCCGGCCGCUCCAUCCACGAGAUUCCCCGGGAGGAGCUGCGGCGCACGCCUGAGCUGCCCCUGGCCCCGCGGCCGCUCAAGGAGGGCUCCAUCACGCAGGGCACCCCGCUCAAGUAUGACACCAGCACGUCCUCCACCGGCUCCAAAAAGCACGACGUGCGCUCCAUCAUCGGCAGCCCCGGCCGGCCGUUUCCGGCCGCGCACCCGCUGGACGUGAUGGCCGACACCCGGGCGCUGGAGCGCGCCUGCUACGAGGAGAGCCUGAAGAGCCGCGCGGGCGCCGUCAGCGGCUCGGGGGGCUCCAUCACCCGGGGCGCCCCCGUCAUCGUACCUGAGCUGGGAAAGCCGCGGCAGAGCCCCCUGACCUACGAGGACCACGCGGCGCCCUUCGCCGGCCACUUACCCCGCGGCUCGCCGGGGACCACACGGGAGCCCACCCCGCGCCUGCAGGAUGGCAGCCUCUCAUCCAGCAAGGCAUCCCAGGAUCGAAAGCUGACGUCCACACCCCGUGAGAUUGCCAAGUCCCCACACAGCACCGUGCCUGAGCACCACCCCCAGCCCAUCUCGCCCUACGAGCACCUGCUCCGGGGCGUGAGUGGUGUGGACCUCUACCGCGGCCACAUCCCGCUGGCCUUCGACCCCACCUCCAUACCCCGCGGAAUCCCUCUGGAUGCAGCAGCCGCUGCCUACUACCUGCCCCGGCACCUGGCCCCCAACCCCACCUACCCACACCUGUACCCGCCUUACCUCAUCCGCGGCUACCCCGACACGGCGGCGCUGGAGAACCGCCAGACCAUCAUCAACGACUACAUCACCUCGCAGCAGAUGCACCACAACGCAGCCACCGCCAUGGCCCAGCGAGCCGACAUGCUGAGGGGCCUGUCGCCCCGCGAGUCCUCGCUGGCGCUUAACUACGCCACCGGCCCGCGAGGCAUCAUCGACCUGUCCCAAGUGCCACACCUGCCUGUGCUGGUGCCCCCGACACCAGGCACGCCAGCCACCGCCAUGGACCGCCUCGCCUACCUCCCCACCGCACCCCAGCACUUCAGCGGCCGUCUCAGCAGCUCCCCGCUCUCCCCAGGAGGCCCCAGUCACUUGACAAAACCCACGGCCACAUCCUCGUCCGAGAGGGAACGGGAGCGGGAGCGCGAUCGGGAGCGCGAGCGGGAGAAGUCCAUCCUCACGUCCAGCACCACGGUGGAGCACGCGCCCAUCUGGAGACCCGGUACAGAGCAGAGCAGCGGCGGCGGCGGCAGUGGCGGCGGGGGUGGGGGCAGCAGCCGCCCCGCCUCCCACUCCCACUCCCACCAGCACUCGCCCAUCUCACCCCGGACCCAAGACGCCAUCCAGCAGAGGCCCAGCGUGCUGCACAACACCGGCAUGAAGAGCAUCCUCACCUCUGCGGAGCCCAGCACGCCCACGGUCCUGAGGUGGGCCAGGUCCACCUCCACCUCCUCGCCUGUCCGCCCGGCCGCCACAUUCCCGCCCGCCACCCACUGCCCGCUGGGCGGCACCCUCGACGGGGUCUACCCCACCCUCAUGGAGCCCGUCUUGCUGCCUAAGGAGGCCCCGCGGGUGGCCCGGCCCGAGCGGCCCCGAGCCGACGCCGGCCACACGUUCCUCGCCAAGCCCCCGGCCCGCGCGGGGCUGGAGCCCGCCUCCUCCCCCGGCAAGGGCUCCGAGCCCCGGCCCCUGGCGCCCCCCGGCUCCGGCCACGCGGCCAUCGCCCGCCCCCCAGCGAAGAGCCUCGCGCCCCACCACGCCAGCCCGGACCAGCCGGCGCCGCCCGCCUCGGCCGCGGACCUGCACCGGGAAAAGACUCAAAGUAAACCCUUUUCCAUCCAGGAAUUGGAACUCCGUUCUCUGGGUAAGACCACCCUGACAGCGGCCACCUUCAUAGACGCGAUUAUCAUGCGUCAAAUUGCUCACGAUAAAGGGCCGCGAGAAGGAGGUUCGCUGGCCAACGACUCCCCUCGCGAUGGUUACCACGGCGGCAGCUACAGCCCUGACGGGGUGGAGCCUGUCAGCCCCGUGAGCUCGCCCAGCCUGACUCGUGACAAGGGGCUCCCCAAGCACCUGGAGGAGCUCGACAAGAGCCACGUGGAGGGGGACCCGCGGCACACGCAGCCAGGCCCGGGGAAGCUCAGCGGCGAGGCGGCACACCUCCCACACCUGCGGCCGCUGCCUGAGAGCCAGCCCUCGUCCAGCCCGCUGCUCCAGACCACCCCGGGGGUCAAAGGUCACCAGCGGGUGGUCACCCUGGCCCAGCACAUCAGUGAGGUCAUCACGCAGGACUACACGCGGCACCACCCGCAGCAGCUCAGCGCGCCCCUCCCCGCCCCCCUCUACUCCUUCCCCGGAGCCAGCUGCCCCGUGCUGGACCUUCGCCGCCCGCCCAGUGAUCUCUACCUCCCACCCCCGGACCAUGGCGCCCCGGCCCGCGGCUCACCCCACAGUGAAGGGGGCAAGAGGUCUCCAGAGCCAAGCAAGACGUCAGCCCUGGGCAGCAGCGAGGAUGGUAUCGAACCUGUCUCCCCGCCGGAGGGCAUGACAGAGCCCGGGCAUCCCCGGAGCACCAUGUACCCGCUGCUGUACCGGGACGGGGAGCAGGCAGAGUCCAGCAGGAUGGGCUCCAAAUCCCCAGGCAACACCAGCCAGCCACCGGCCUUCUUCAGCAAGCUGACCGAGAGCAACUCAGCCAUGGUCAAGUCUAAGAAACAGGAGAUCAACAAGAAGCUGAACACCCACAACCGGAACGAGCCAGAAUACAAUAUCGGCCAGCCCGGGACGGAGAUCUUCAACAUGCCCGCCAUCACCGGAGCAGGCCUCAUGACCUGCAGAAGCCAGGCGGUGCAGGAGCAUGCCAGCACCAACAUGGGGCUGGAGGCCAUUAUUAGAAAGGCGCUCAUGGGUAAAUAUGAUCAGUGGGAGGACCACCCGCUCAGCGCCAAUGCUUUUAACCCUCUGAAUGCCAGUGCCAGCCUGCCCGCUGCUAUGCCCGUAACCGCUGCCGACGGACGGAGCGAACACGCACUCACCUCGCCAGGUGGCGGCGGGAAGGCCAAAGUCUCUGGCAGACCCAGCAGCCGAAAAGCCAAGUCCCCGGCCCCGGGCCUGGCGUCUGGGGACCGGCCACCCUCCGUCUCCUCGGUGCACUCGGAGGGGGACUGCAACCGCCGGACCCCGCUGACCAACCGCGUGUGGGAGGACCGGCCCUCGUCCGCAGGGUCCACACCGUUCCCCUACAACCCCCUGAUCAUGCGGCUGCAGGCCGGGGUCAUGGCCUCCCCGCCCCCGCCCGGCCUCCCUGCGGGCAGCGGGCCCCUGGCCGGCCCCCACCACGCCUGGGACGAGGAGCCCAAGCCGCUGCUCUGCUCGCAGUACGAGACGCUCUCCGACAGCGAGUGACCGUCAGAACGGGGAGGGGGCGGCACGCGGCCGGAGCAGCGGGGCGAGGAGCGGGCGGCCGCCGACUCCCCCCGCCGAGGAAGGAGCCCCUGAGUCUGCCUGUGCGCCCGUCCGUCCGUCCGUCCAGAGCCGGCAUCCUUGCCUGUCUAAAGCCUUAACUACGACUCCCGCCCCGGCUGGCCCUGUGCAGUGACCUUACUCAGGGGAUGUUUACCUGGUGCUCGGGAGGGGAGGGGCCAGGGAGGGGGCACGGCAGGCGUGUGGCGGCCACACGCGCGCAGCCGGGGCGGCCAGGGACCCAAAGCAGGACGACCACGCACCUCCCGCGCCACCGCCUCCCCCCUUAACGCAUUUGGAACCAAAGUCUAACCUGAGCUCGCAGCCCCCGCACCCCCCCCGGCCCCCAUCCCGCUUAGCACUCUGGACAGACGGACACAGGCCCUGUCCAGGCCCCAGCGCUCCUGUCCCGGUCCCCAUGGGCUGCCCCAGCCGACGAGAGCGCUGGAAACCACGUCAGGCCAGACGGGCGGGCCGCAGGGCCAGGUGCGGCCUGGGGCGAGCGGCUGCUCCGAGGAACUGGACUGUGUUUUUCACACAUCGUUGCCGCAGCGGUGGGAAGGAAAGGCAGGUGUAAAUGAUAUAUUGGUUUACAGGGUAUAUUUUUGAUACCUUCAAUGAAUUAAUUCAGAUGUUUUAAGCAAGGAAGGACUUACCCAGUAUUAUUGCUGCUGUGCUUUCCAUCUCUGCUUACCGUUCAAGAGGCGUGCGCAGGCCGACAGUCGGUGACCCAUCGUCGCAGGACCGAGGUGGGGGGGGCUGCCGGCUCCCGAGCCCCCCACCCCCCACCCCGCGUCCUCCCUCCCCCCUUCCUUGGGCAGAAUGAAUCUGAUGGACGCACGGCGGUGGCGUCCUGUCAUUUACACACGUUCUUCUCAUUAAAAAGCAAAUUAUACUCGCGUUA